UUCUGCCUCCUCCUUUCCUAGGAGCUUCCCGGCCAGGUGCGUACUACUCUGCCCAGAGUUCAGAGAGUCCGCGACGACGGCUACGGUGGGCGGCUAUAAUGCGAUGGUAGACUAUUCUAGAUGGAUUUUGGACCCACACAGAACUGACAAUCUAAGGUAGCAUCUGAAGUCUGGGACUCUGCAAUAUUGCUACCUCCCUAGAAUGGGUAUAUCAUUUUUGUUUUGCCUCUCACUGGGAUUAUUGCCCACAAUAAUCAUUGUGAAGGCAUGGCAAUGUCCACGUAUUUCCUAUAACUUAACUAGAGAUUAUACAGUGAAAUAUAACUUAUCUAGAUUCAUUGCUGAGAGUUCAAUCCAGAACAUAGUCACCUAUGAGCCUGCUGAUGCUAUCUUUGUUGCAGUUCGGAACAAGAUCUACGUGCUGAACUCAAAAAUGGAAAUUCUAUCUACCAUUGUGACUGGUCCUUGGGGUAGUCCUCAGUGUGAGAUCUGUGCCAGUUGCUCAUUGAAAGGGCCAAUGAAUGCUGAAGAUACAGACAACAAAGUUUUGGUGAUGGAUCCUUAUGUAUUUUGGCUUUAUAGUUGUGGGAGUUCUCAACAUGGAGUCUGUUUCAAGCAUGACAUUGAAGUGCAGGACAAUAAUGUUUCAAUUAACACCUUGUGCCUGUAUUCGGCUAAUGUUAACAAGCCUUCUGAGUGUCCAGACUGUGUGGCCAGUCCUUUAGGCACUAGAGCUGUAGUUGUUCAACAGUCAUCUGCUCUAUACUUUUACAUCGCAUCUACCAUUAACAGAAGCAUUGCAGAGGCAUACAGCCCCAAAUCAGUGUCUAUACGGAGACUCAAGGGUACCUUGGAUGGGUUUUCCUAUCCUUUCCACUCCUUAACUGUGCUACCUGAGUAUCAAGACACAUACCCCAUUGACUAUGUGUAUUCCUUUAACGACCAGCACUUUGUAUAUUUCCUGACAGUCCAAAGAGAAAGUCCCAGCUCCAAAGUGUACCACACUAGGAUAGUACGACUCAGUACUGAGGAAACUGAAGUGUACAAGUACCGUGAGCUGAACUUGGACUGCCACUUUGACACCAAGCGGAAGAGGAGUCUUGGGGAAAAACCCAAGAAUGUGGUUUUUAAUAUUCUGCAAGCAGCUCAUGCUACUAAGCCUGGCUCAAACCUGGCUCCUGAAAUCAGUGUCAGUGACACACAAGUGGUUCUCUUUGGUGUGUUUGCUGAAAGUGAGGCAGAGAGCAUGGUACCAAAGAAGAACUCGGCAGUUUGUGCUUUUCCUGUGAGCGCGAUCAAUAAGGCUAUCGAUAAAGGGAUGGAGAAAUGCUGCAGUUUGAGCAUCAAUGACCUUAUGUUUCGAGGACUGACAUUUUAUCAGGGUACCGAGUAUUGUCCACAUAAUACAUCAGCUCCAGUGGUGGACACCAGCUGCUUGAAGAAGCCCACUUUUAUCGCUACACAUUACUAUAGGGUGGACCUCUUCAAUGGACGUAUGUCUGGAGUGCUGCUGACUUCCAUCUUUGUCACUGCAAUAGGUGAGGCGACUGUGGCUCACUUGGGCACAUCAGAAGGACGUAUUUUGCAGGUGGUGCUUCCAUCCAACAUCUACACAGUUGUUGUGGCCAACUUCUCUUUGGGGGAGACAUUACCAGUGUUGCGAGAGGUCAGCAAGCUGCAGGAUACUUUGCUGUUUGUCACAGGAAAUAAGGUGUUCCAGGUAAACGUGACUGGUCCAGGCUGUCGCCAUUUCCUGACAUGCCUCCGCUGCCUAAAAGCAGAGCGUUUUAUGCAAUGUGGCUGGUGUGGAAAUUCAUGCACCCGUCAGGAAGAAUGUCAGACAAUGUGGAACCAGGAGAGCUGCCCUCCUGUCCUCACUGAUUUCCAUCCCAGAAAUGCGCCUCUACAUGGCAGCACUAAGGUGACACUCUGUGGCAUGGGGUUUCAGUCACGUCCGUAUUUCACUGGCAUUACUAACUCGCAUGCAACCCUUGGUGAUUAUUGGGUUACAGUGGGACAGAAGAAUUGCACCGUGCUGUUUGAAGAGAGUCUGGCAAACAGGUACAGUGAAGUGCCGCACUGGAAAGAUUUUGUUGAAGUUCUUGUCUGCACUUUGACACCAAAGGAGGAAGUGAACGUGUUGGAGCCACAGAAGGUCGAGGUCACCAUUAUAGAGAAGAAACAGACCCCAUUUUAUAUCAGUGGCUCCUCAAUCCGCAGUGGUUUUGAGUUUAUGCUGCCAAACAUAACUUCCAUCCAUCCUGCAUAUGGCCCAAAGGCUGGUGGAACAGAGAUCUUUAUCCGAGGACAAAACCUCCUGAUAGGAGGAACAAGGAAGGUGAUGGUUAAUGGCCUGGACUGUCCCUUGGUCAGAAGGGAAAGCCAGAGAGAGGAAGCCGUGAUUUGUACCACCCCUCCUGUGAGCAAAGUGACCAAUGCUUCUGUGACUAUGGUAAUAGAUGAAGAGCCAUUUCUUUCUCCAAAGCACUUCUGGUAUCGAGAAGAUCCCCAGAUACAUCAUAUCUCUCCCAACUGCAGCUAUGAGGGUUCAAAUAUCCUCAUCAGUGGAACCAAUUUGGAUUCAGUGUAUUACACAAAAGUGCAAUUUGAAUCUGCCAGAGUUCAAACUGAAGCUAAAGUCUGCAAGGGGCUGCUAUCUGCAAAGAAGCUAGUGUGCCAGGGUCCUGACUACUUGUUUGAGAACAAGGCAGUGGGUGUUCAUGGGAACCUGAGCAUCUUGAUGGAUGGAGCUUUAGGGCACAAGACGUUUCGCAUCCGCUAUUACCCCAAGCCGGUGAUUUAUCCCUUUGAGCAUGAAGACAAAUUGUACAUUCUCAAUCCAGGACAGGACGAGAUUGAGAUCCAUCAUAGAGGGCUGGAUGCUCUGGCAGGUUGCAUGACAAUCUCUAUGACAGUGGCUGGCACAGAAUGCCACCCCAGUGUGCUGAAGAAUGAGGUGACCUGCCGAAUCCCCAAGGAACUUAACGUCCCUGUGAAUGGUUUGCCAGCAAAGAUUUGUGUGAAUGGAAACUGCACAGAUCUAGGCUUUGUGGUUGUGAUCUCCUCUUUGUCCCCUGUUGCUGUUACCUUGGGGACCAUUGUAGCCAUCCUAUUCUUCUGCCUCUUGGCAUUUCUCCUGAUGAAAUAUGUGCAGCGGAAGAAGAAGUCAGGAACUGAAAAUUUGGAAAGACUCUCAAGCUUCAACAGGGGCAUGCCAAGCAUCCCCCUCCUUCCCUCCAACACUGAUUAUACAGUUGCUACUGCAGAGACCAGUGGCUUUAGAGGGAAUUUUGGAAGCGCCUCUUACACAGGAAGCAGUGAUGGUUCUGCUAUGCCCUUCAUGCGGGUACCUUCUUGCUCCAUUAAAAAUCUUCGGCCAGAACUGUUAGAAGAGGUGAAGGAUGUUCUAAUCCCAGAAGAGCAGCUGAUUAUGCACCAGGACCAGAUCAUUGGCAAAGGGCACUUUGGGAGUGUUUAUCACGGAAUGUAUAUAGAUUCGACCCAGAGAAAGAUAUGCUGUGCUGUUAAAUCCCUGAACCGAAUCACCGACUUGGAGGAGGUGGAAGAGUUCUUGAAAGAGGGGAUUCUGAUGAAAAGCUUUCAUCACCUUCAUGUCCUCUCUCUCAUUGGGAUCACCCUUCCGAAGGAGGGGCUCCCUCUGGUGGUGCUACCAUACAUGAAGCAUGGAGAUCUGCGACACUUUAUCCGUUCUGAGGAGAGGAAUCCUACUGUGAAGGAUUUAAUAGGCUUUGGGCUGCAAGUGGCUCGAGGGAUGGAAUAUUUGGCCCAGAAGAAGUUUGUACACAGAGACCUUGCUGCUAGAAACUGUAUGCUAGAUGAGACCUUCACGGUAAAGGUGGCGGACUUUGGGCUGGCCAGAGAUAUCUUUGACAAGGAGUAUUACAGCAUCCGGCGACACCACAGAGCAAAGCUCCCUGUCAAGUGGAUGGCCCUUGAGAGCCUGCAGACCCAAAAAUUUACCACAAAGUCUGAUGUAUGGUCCUUCGGGGUCCUCACGUGGGAGCUGCUGACACGAGGGGCACCUCCAUACCCUGAAGUGGAUCCAUAUGAUAUGACUCGCUACUUGUUGCGAGGAAGAAGAUUGCCACAGCCUGAAUAUUGCCCAGAUUCUCUGUACACUGUAAUGCUGAACUGCUGGGCCCCAAGUCCUGAGGAGCGACCAACUUUCUCUGCCCUAAUCCAGGAAGUACAACAUAUUGUAGCUUGUCUAAAGGGGGAGCAUUAUAUCAACUUGAAUGUCACCUAUAUCAACCUUGAUCAAGACCAGCCUUUCCCCCCUUCAACUAGCUGUGAGGAUGAACUGGAUUCCAGUGGGCUGAGCGAGGAAGAGACUGCAACUAUUCUGCACUUAGCGAUAUGACAAAAUUCUCAGGCAGCACAUCUGAGUUGAGCGUAACACUGCAGGUACUGCUGGCCUUCCAGUUGCUUCACUCCUCUGACUGAGGAAGGUUUCUGAUGUCUACUCUGAGCCUUGGCUUACACCAGGAUGGAUUUUCCAGUUGUCCUAGAGCCUCCCUUCAAACAUUGCCUACCUUUUGGGUUCAAGAAAACUGUAAACUGCCCAGAGAGCUUUGGCUAUGGGGAGGUAUAUAAAUACAAUAAAUAAUAAAUAAAUAAAUAAGAAAACCAUGGCCAGUGACCAUCUGUGAUAUGAUCCCCCUGCUAAGGAGCUCAGGAAAAAUAAGCUCAUCCCUCCCAUAAGAGAUGGGGAAGGUCCCCUUUCCACUCUACAAAAGUGACACAUUCAGAAUACUUGGGACCUUGUAUGCUGGCCUGUGUUUUGUUGAGGGCUAUAAAUUAAUAUCUCAGCCUGUGGUUGAAUCUGUAUAUAAAGGAAUAAAUUGACUGUU